GGCCCAUACAAUGCCAAUACAACAACGGCGGAGCGACAAAAGAGCACUGUAGAAAAAUCUGGAACAAAAACAAAGCAGCAUAGACGCGAGAGAAGGAAGAGGUAGGAAAUCAACUCAGCUCCGCUAGUUUCCAAGCAUCACAGCGUCGAUGUCAAUAACAUUGCACACGAAUCUGGGGGAUAUAAAGUGCGAGAUCUUCUGUGACGAGGUUCCAAAGAGUGCCGAGAACUUUCUGGCGCUAUGUGCAAGUGGCUAUUACGAUGGGACUAUCUUUCACAGGAACAUCAAAGGCUUCAUGAUCCAAGGCGGAGACCCAACCGGUACAGGGAAAGGAGGAACUAGCAUCUGGGGAAAGAAAUUCAAUGACGAGAUUCGUGACUCCCUUAAGCACAAUGCAAGAGGGAUGCUGUCGAUGGCAAACAGUGGCCCAAACACAAAUGGAAGCCAGUUCUUCCUUACCUAUGCCAAACAACCUCAUCUCAAUGGAUUAUACACCAUCUUUGGCAAAGUCAUCCAUGGCUUCGAAGUGCUUGACAUUAUGGAAAAGACUCAAACAGGUGCGGGAGAUAGGCCGCUUGCUGAGAUAAGGCUAAACCGUGUUACAAUCCACGCCAAUCCACUUGCUGCUUAAUAAGUCACAAUGCCGCUGCCGCAGAGCUGAACCAAAGCCCUAUUCGUUUUUACCUAUUAAAAAGUUUGUACUGUGUUUUCUUUUUUUAUUAUCACUGACUGUGAUCAUCGAGAUUAGAAAUCCAUCAUGUCCUGAGAGAGAGAGUUCCAAAGUUCUAGAAAAGUGACCAUCAAAAGGCGAUGUAAAAAAAAAAAAGUGACCAUCAAAAGAAUAAUUAUUGUGUAAUAAAAAAAAUGAAAUUUGGCGUGGGCCAUCAAAAUU